CUGCAGCAACGAUGUCCUUCGCCCGCCAGCCAACACGCAAACAACUGCUCGAGUCCGCACAGGCUCUCUGUGCUGCGUUUGCCGCAAAGGCGGACGUCGGCACCCUCCUCGCUCACUUCUCGUCGACCCAUCAGAUUUCGGCACUCGAGCACGGUCUUCCCGUCCUCGCCCCCUUCCUCGGCCGCCCCUUCGCAGGCCGGGCCGGGCCCGCCUCCGUCCCCGCCUACUUCGAGCUGCUCCAGCAGCACCUCACGUACGAGGACAUGUCCUUCGGGCCCUACGUCGUCGACGCGGAGGCGUCGCGCGUGUCCGUCAAGGGCAGCGCGAAGUUCACGUGGGCGGAGGGGGCGGGGACGGGCCAGGCGUGGGAGGAGACGUUUGUGUACAUCCUCGACUUUGACCAGGACGCGAAGGUGACGGACUACCAGGUCUGGGCGGACUCGGGCGCGGCGUACCUUGCGCGCACGGGGGCGCUCGCGCAGCUGACCGCGAUCGGGGGCAAGGAUAACGCAGAGGAUAAACCAGCGGACGAUCAGAGCGAUACCAAGACGCUUGUCGAUGCGUGAGUGCCACUGAGUGGGAUGUGACUCGGGGAAAGGAAGGCGGAUGGGCUUCUAUGGACGGUAAACGUGUAUCAGAAGAGUGUAGUCUAUAUGUAUUCCCGAUGUACUGGCCAGGGCUCGGCUUUAACGGAAGUUGUAUGUCCC